AUGGCUGCCUCCACCCUGUCCGUCUGCUCCAGCGACCUCAGCUAUGGCAGCCGGGUCUGCCAGCCCGGUGUCUGGGACUCCUGCCCCGACUCCUCCUGGCAGGUGGACGACGGCCCAGAGAGCUGCUGCGAGCCCCCGUGCUGCGCCCCCAGCUGCUGUGCCCCUGCCCCCUGCCUGACCCUCGUCUGUACCCCUGCCAGCUGUGUGUGCAGCCCCUGCCAGGCAGCCUGCACCAGCUUCUGCACGCCCUUGUGCUGCCAGCAGUCUAGCUGCCAGCCCUCAUGCUGCACCUCCUCCCCCUGCCAGCAGGCCUGCUGCAUGCCCGUCUCCUGCACCCCUGUCUGCUGCACCCCCGUCUGCUGUGUGCCCGACUGCUGCGUGCCCGUCUCCUGCACACCCGUCUGCUCCAAGGCAACCCCCUGCCCAGCCCCCUCGUGCUGCCAGCCCAGCCCCUGCCUCCCCUCCUGCUGCAGACCCUCCUCCUGCGUGUCCCUCAUCUGCCACCCCCUGUGCAGGCCCGCCUGCUGCGUGCCCGUCCCCUCCUGCUGCGGCCCUGCCUCCUGCCAGCCCAGCUGCUGCCACCCGGCCUCCUGCGUGUCCCUGCUCUGCCGGCCUGUGUGCAAACCCUCCUCCUGCGUGUCCCUGCUCUGCCGCCCCACGUGCUCCCGCGCGGCCCGCUGUGGCCCCGCCCCGGCCCAGAAGUCCCGCUGCUGA